AGUGCCGCUGCAUUUGACAUGUCUUUGUCUUUGUUUUCAUUUAUUGAUUUAUUGUCGCUUAGUUAAGUCAGUUAGUUUGAAAAAAAAUAAUUGGUGCAAAAGUAGUGAACUCUUCACAAUGUCAGCUUGUGAUCCACAAAAAUCAGAAACAGCUAAUGAUAAUGUUUCCACAAAUUCGAUUGAUGAAGGAUUGCCUCGGGAGUUUAGUCAAAUAAGUCUUACGAGCACAUCGAGUCAAGAUGAAUUUUAUAACAAUGGACAUUCCGAAGUUGCUCUAAAAAAUAUAUACGGGUAUUAUCGUUCACAGAAGCUUUGUGAUGUAGUACUUAUAGCCGAAGGUUGCAGGAUUCCAGCACAUAAAGUAGUCUUAUCAUCAUGCAGCGAGUAUUUUGCAGCAAUGUUCACAGGCUCUUUGAAAGAAGCAAAGUUAAAUGAAAUUGUAUUGGAGAGAGUUGAUGCUACAGCUUUACAAUCGUUGGUGCAUUAUUGCUACACUGGUGUAAUAGAGCUGAAGGAAGAAUCAGUUGAAGUGCUAUUGUCGACAGCAAGCUUACUUCAGCUGCAUGCUGUUACAAAAGCUUGCUGUACAUUUCUUAUGAAGCAGCUAGACCCUUGCAACUCUUUAGGGAUUGCUUUGUUUGCUGAACAUCAAUCUUGCCUCACUUUACACAAAAGUGCUUUGGAGUACACUUAUCAACAUUUCAUUGAGGUAGUGAAGCACCCUGAAUAUCUAUCUUUACAAGUAGAUCAGUUAGCCAACUUGCUCAAAUCUGAUGAUCUUAAUGUAAUAUCGGAAGAAGAUGUGUUUGACAGUGUGAUGACAUGGGUACAGCAUGAUAAUAUUAAUCGGGAAAAACAUUUACCUACAUUAUUGAAACUUGUUAAAUUACCGCUACUUUCAUCUGAGUAUUUAAUUGACAAAGUGGAACAGAGUUGUGGUAAAAUUCAAGAGUGUCAACCGUUAAUAAUGGAGGCAGUGAAAUGGCAUUUACUUCCGGAGAGACGGACUUCACUAUCAUCUCAUAGAACACGACCGAGGACAUCUACGAUUGGCCGACUUUUAGCUAUUGGUGGAAUGGAUGGUAACAAGGGUGCAAGCAAUAUGGAAAUAUAUGACCCACGAACAAAUACUUGGAGUCCAUUCAUGAGGAUGGGUACGAGGCGAUUGCAAUUCGGAGUGGCCGUUCUCCAAAACAAGCUGAUCAUUGUGGGUGGCAGAGAUGGCUUGAAGACAUUGAAUACCGUGGACUGCUUCGACCUGACGACGCUGAGCUGGAGCACGCUGGCGGCGAUGAACACGCACCGGCACGGGCUGGGCGUGGCCGUGCUGGGCAACGGCCCGCACGCGCCCGUCUACGCCGUCGGCGGACACGACGGCUGGAUAUACCUCAACUCUGUCGAACGUUGGGACGCGGCAUCGCGCACGUGGACGGUGGUGGCGCCGAUGGCGGGCGCGCGCAGCACGUGCGGCGUGGCGGCGCUGCGCGAUGUAGUUAAUUUCGCUGAUAUUAGGAUUAUGAUCAAGAAGAUGUUAACUUACAAUUACUCGAUUUGCGCCGCGGGCGGGUACCUGUACGCGCUGGGCGGGCACGAGGCGCCGGCCAACACGAUGGGCGGGCGUCUGGCCUGCGUCGAGCGCUACGACCCCGUCACCGACACCUGGACACUACUGGCGCGACUCUCCUACGCGCGCGACGCCAUCGGCUCCUGUCUGCUCGGCGACAGGAUCGUCGCCGUCGGUGGCUACGACGGCGUGCAGUAUUUAAAUUUGGUGGAGAUUUACGACGCGGAGAGCAACACUUGGCGUAAUCUCGCUCCGAUAUCGAUAGGGCGCGCGGGCGCCGCCGUGGUCGCCGUGCCGCCGCCGCACAGGACUCUAUGACGCAGCUGCUUCUUACAGGGCGCGGUAGUCCCGCCCAGGGCGCGGUAGUCCCGCCCAGGGCGAAGUAGUCCCGCCCUAGGCGGUGGACAGACAGGGAAACUAAGAUCUGCGGACUACACAGGCUCACAUAGGUAAGUAUUGUAGGUAACCAAGAGGGCGCUGUAGAAAUGUCGCCCAAGCAAGAUGAGACCUGUUUCUCAAUGGACUCGCCACAACUUAGCGCAACCAGUUCUACGUUAUGUACUGAUGUGAAAUCAUUGAUAAGGAAAUAAGGUAUUUUCAAGUGUAUUUAGAAAAAGUCAUAAUUAAAUGUAAUUCUUGAAAACACACGUAAGGUUUCAAACAUCAUAAUCUGUUUAAUUUUCGCUGACUAUAAUAGUCUAGUAGUAUGUGAGUAACAAGCAUUAACAAACAUUACGAAUAAUGCAUUUCAUUAUAGGAAUGGAAAUUUGAAAACUUAAAAUCUCCCUCUUUAAUUUUGUGUCAUUCUUUAUCAAAAAAAAGAAACACAUUCCUGUCUUGCAUGGCGGCAAUUUUGUCUGUUUUUAUUUUAUAUGAAAUUGAAGUCAAUAUAAAGGACUAACUGCUCUAUUAUUUGUGAUCGCUAGAUGAAAAAACUAGCUUUAUUGUCCAAAAAGUAUAAAAGACGCGUGACUAAUAGUAUAAAACACAUUUUUAAGUUCCUCAUAUAGUAAAUUUGUGUAACCUAAAUUUAUGAUUAAGCUUUGAUUUAGUAUUAAUGAUUCUCUAUUUAGAUCCACCUACAUAAGUAUGGUGCUUAAUAUCAAUUGUUUACUGUGAUCAUAUUAAUCUUAAAUCUAACAUAUUUUCAUAAAAAAAAAAUCCUUAUAAACCAAUGAAAAAUAAAAAAAAUGUAAAAGUGUAUACUUGUAUUCACGUGCAUAACUGUGGGUUUAACCUGAUCUCGCCAGAGAGGAAAUUAAUUAGGCAUAAAAUCUUGUAGCCCUUCCAGUGAAAUGUAGAGGUCAUUGGUUUCCAGUGCAGAUGCUUGAAACUUUCUUUGUUAGUCAAUUUUAAAAGAGAAUCUGUGGGAUGACAAUAUGUGUCAAAGCGUCAUUACAGUAUAAACUCACAGUUACUUUUAAAACUAUAUCUUGUAAUGUAUAAUAACAGUGUAUAGGUGCUUCUUUCCGUUUAUAUAACUUUAUAUCUUUUGAAUUUGUCGUUUUAAAACUUAAAACUUGACUGGAAAAUUCUAGACUUUUAUCUUCUCAUUUGUGAUCUCAUACAGUAUAUUUAACUGCGGAUGUUUAUGAUCGAAAUACUUUUGUAAAAACAAACUAACUCUAUCGAUAUACUUAUUUUAAUAUCAUGUUAUGCGCAUUUAUUUCAUAAUGCAUUUAUCCUUACCAUUCAUGUCAAUUAUAGUGAUAUUGUCUAUUGACAAAAU